CUUGUUAUUGCUACUUAGGUUGAUCGAUCCUUUCUUUUAACUCUUUUGAUUUUUGAUUUUUGUCCCUAUUUCGCUGUGCUCUUUCUUACUUGGUGUUUAUUUAUUGAUAGUUUUUGGUUGUGGUGUGUAUUUGUGGUUUGUGUCGCAAAUCACGACAUAUCACCUCACCUCACCUCGCCUUCCUAAUUAAAGAUCUUAACUCACAACUUACAACUCACUCUUUACACCUAACUUCUCAUCUCAAUCACCCCAAUAACUAUUCACCCUCACAAUCCCAAAAAAAGAUUCCCAGAAAAAUGGGCUCAACACAUUCAAUCCCUCGCUCUUCUACCUCUUCUACUUCUACUUCUUUCUCCACAACCCCAACAGAAACCCAACGGAUCCUCCUUGAAAAGAUUCGAAAUCUGGAGAUUAAGGAUGUCGAUGAUUAUGUUUGUGUGGAUGAGAAGGGUGGUUUGCAGCAGACCUCGCAAACUCAGGCUUCCCGCGCACAGUGGACUCCGUUAAGUGCGGCGCGGGUGGAGAAAUGGGAAGAGGAACUUUUGACUGAUCCUAAGAAUAGGUAUGUUUGAUUUCUUUUGGGGUUUAGAUUUUAGGGUUUAGGUUUUGGUUGAGCGGGAGGUCAAUGUGAGGGGGAGAGGGAGGGACGGGAGGUAAAGAGGGGGGGGAAGGGAGGAGAUAUUGCUGUUCUACAUAUUCAAAUUCAAUAUACUGACAACUCAACUAGACUCGCCCUCAGUGCCCUCAGCUCUGCAGAUCCACGAACUGUUCUAACAUCCCGCUCAACAAUCAAUCAAGAUCAACAAAUUUUCUCAAUUAAAAUUCCAUUUGAAGGAGCACCAAUUACAAAUCAAAGACAAUCUGGAAGAUGUUGGUUAUUUGCUUCUACCAAUGUUUUUCGAGUUGCAAUCAUGAAACAACAUAAUCUUAAAGAAUUUGAAUUAUCCCAAGCAUAUUUAUUCUUUUGGGAUAAAUUAGAAAAGGCGAAUUGGUUUUUAGAACAGAUUCUUGAUACAGUGGGAGAGGAUUUAGAUGGAAGAUUGGUGCAAAGAUUGAUGGAAAGUCCAGUUAGUGAUGGUGGGCAAUGGGAUAUGUAUGUUUCUUCAUUAUUUGAUAUAACCUUAACCAAGAUUCUAAUAAUUUUGCAUAGGGUUUACAACCUUGUCCAUAAAUAUGGACUCGUACCACAAGUUCUCUAUCCAGAUAGCUUCAAUGCUCAAUCAUCCUCUGUGAUCGAUAGUAUCAUCACAACCAAACUUCGAGAAGAUGCUCUCAAAUUAAGAGCUGCUGCUGCCUCAAAGUCUCCAAAUACCUUGAACAAUAUAAAGGAGAAUAUGGUUCGCCAAAUUCAUCUCAUUCUUACUCUUGCUCUUGGUCCACCUCCUCCAUCUGAUACUGCUUUUACAUGGCAAUAUCUAGAUAAAGAUGGCAAAUCUCAAGAAUUAAAAACUACACCUAUCGAAUUCGCCAAGGAAUUAAAUUCUCCAAAAUCAAUUCGAAUCACCAAUUCUACCGUCCAUGAUAUGUUUUCCCUAGUCAACGAUCCAAGAAAUGAAUACAAUACUCUCCUCACUGUUGAUCGACUCGGUAACAUCGUAGGUGGUCGUCCCAUCACCUAUGUCAAUGUUGACAUGACCACCAUGAAAAACGCCUGCAUCUCAAUGUUAAAAGCCGGACUUCCAAUCUUCUUCGGAUCCGACGUAGGAAAAUAUAGUAAUUCCCAAAAAGGAAUCAUGGAUGUCAAUCUCAUCGAUUACGAACUAGGAUUUAAUAUUAAACUUGGCAUGACGAAAGCACAACGUCUCAUGACGGGUGAAAGUGCAAUGACUCAUGCGAUGGUUCUUACGGCGGUGCAUCUGGAUGAGCAGGGAAAGAGUGUGAGGUGGAGAGUGCAGAAUAGUUGGGGUGAAGGAGCUGGAGAUCAUGGUUGGUUUGUUAUGAGUGAUGAGUGGAUGGAUCAAUUUGUUUAUCAGGCGGUCGUGGAACCGAGGUUUGUGACUAAGGAGGUUAGGGAUGUUUUGGGCUUGGAACCGAAGGUUUUGAGGCUUUGGGAUCCGAUGGGUGCUUUGGCUUAGGGGGGUUUGAGGGGAGGUUCUUAGGGAGAAUAGGAAGGAUGGGAAGGGUUAUCAGAUGUGAUGAUGAUGAAGAAUGGUAUGCAGGUUUUGAUGAUAGGGUUGACUAGUGGUUAUGGGGCUCAGAUGAGGGGUGGAAGGGAAUGAAUGGCUCCUUUGUUUUAUUUUAUAAAUGACUACUGAAAUUACUUCUAUGAUUUAUUAUAUUAGUUGUUUUUUCUUCUAUUCAUUAAGAUCAUCGAUAGUGUUUU